ACGUCAGACUAGGCUGUAUGGCUUUCAUUUCCUGUGCUCACCCUCGAAAAGUAUAAAAAUAAAAAAAAUAAAAUCAAAAUAUGAAAUACAUGGACGCACAUUGCCUUGUUGCACUUGUAUUCUGCUUGCAUUGCAUUUAUUCGUCUUCAGUCGUCACGUUGUACAAGUUUCGUGAAAAUUUUUAUCCCAAUCUCUCAGUCUUAUUUUAUAUUCACUCUCAUUAAAAUGAAUAAAAUGUAUAGGCGCGAUAAAAAGGAAGAUGAAGAUCCUGGAAGUUAUUUACAAAAUCUGGAUAAGACUGUUCUCCAACAAGAGGCACGAUAUUUUAGCUCUACGCCUGUUAACCCUAGAAAAUGUGUGCUUAUUUUAACCAAAAUAAUAUAUUUGAUUAACCAAGGAGAGAAAUUAACUACUCAGGAGGCGACCAAUAUUUUUUUCGCAACAACAAAAUUAUUUCAGUGCAACAAUAUAGAAUUGCGUCGGCUUGUUUAUUUGUGCAUUAAGGAAUUGAGUUCUAUGGCACAAGACGUAAUUAUAGUUACAUCUUCUCUUACAAAAGAUAUGACUGGAAAAGAAGAUAUGUUUAGAGCUGCUGCGAUUCGUGCCCUUUGCACUAUAACUGAUAGCACCAUGUUACAAGCAAUUGAUCGUUACAUGAAACAAGCAAUUGUCGAUAAAAAUCCUGCAGUUAGUUCAGCCGCAUUGGUCUCAGCACUUCAUCUGUCAUCGACAGUUCCAGAUUUGGUGCGUCGAUGGGUAAAUGAAGCUCAGGAAGCAAUAAUGUCUGAUAAUGCAAUGGUUUCCUACCAUGCAUUGGCUGUGGUUGCCUGCGCACGCCAGAAUGACCGUUUAUCAACAGUGAAACUGGUAACAAAACUAUCUCGGGUGCCACUUCGCUCACCUUAUGCUCUUUGUUUACUUGUCCGUUAUGCUGCCAAGUUAGCUGAUGAAGAUUCAUCUGAAGCAUCCGAGGUUUAUAUUGAUUUUAUUGAAUCCUGUUUGCGCCUUAAAUCAGAAAUUGUAGUAUAUGAAGCAGCUUAUGCACUUGUCAAUAUGAGGAAAUCAACUAAAGGUCUUACUCAGGCUGUAUCGGUGCUUCAAAUAUUCUGUGGUUCCUCAAAGGCAACUUUACGUUUAGCUGGUGUACGUACUUUGGCGAAAUUAACUACUAAACAGCCUAAUCUUGUAUCUAACUGUGCUACAGAUUUGGAAAAUUUAAUAUCGGAUCCCAAUCGAUCUGUUGCCACUUUAGCUGUUACAACUCUUCUAGCAACUGGCGCUGAAAAUUCUGUUGAUCGUCUUAUGAAGCAAAUAUCCGGUUUCAUGUCAGAAAUAUCAGAUGAAUUUAAAAUUGUUGUUGUUAAUGCAAUUAGACGCCUUUGUUCAAAAUACCCUCGAAAACAUCAAUCUUUAGCAUCAUUUUUAGCUGGUAUGCUUCGAGAGGAAGGUGGAUUGGAGUAUAAAUCAGCUAUUGCGGAUGUCUUAAUUGCUUUAGUUGAAGAUAACCCUGAAGCAAAGGAAACUAGUUUGGCACAUCUUUGUGAAUUCAUAGAGGAUUGUGAGCAUACUUCUUUGGCUGUGCGAAUCCUACAUGUCUUAGGUUGUCAAGGACCAAAAACAAGUCAACCUUCCAGAUAUAUCAGAUAUAUUUAUAAUCGGGUUAUUUUGGAGUCAAGUCCUGUACGUGCUGCUGCUGUUACUGCCGUGGCAAGGUUUGGUGCAAUGUGUGAAGAAUUGCUUCCAAAUAUCAGGGUACUAUUAAGCCGUUGCCACCUAGAUGAUGAUGACGAAGUUCGAGAUCGUGCAAUUUAUUAUAGUACGAUAUUAGAUUCCGAAGAUCGAUCAUUAAUAAAUGACUAUAUUAUAAAUAUAUCUAUUCCAAAUCCAGUACUAUUAGAACAAGCUCUUAGAGAUUAUCUUUUAACAGCGGAUGAGAAUACGGAACCUUUUAAUAUCGCAGUUGUUCCAGUUACACAGCAUGUACAGGAGAUACAGGAUUCUCCAAUUGAAACCGAAACACAUAAUGCGGUCAUAAUAUCACUUGAGGAACAAUAUGCAGAACAAUUAAAAGCAGUUCCUGGUAUCGAGAAAAUUGGACCUAUCUUUAAAACUUGUGAGGCAGUUGAUUUAACUGAACCGGAAACUGAAUAUCGUAUUCGAUGUGUAAAACAUAUAUUUGCUCGGCAUCUAAUAUUGCAAUUCGAGUGCCUUAAUACUCUAAAUGAUCAAUUGCUUGAAAAAGUUCGUGUUUGUUUAACGUCAAUUCCUGGUUACAAGAUAUUGGGUGAAGUUCCGUGCGAGCAACUAAUGUAUGAUAAACAAGGAAAUGUUUUCUGCCUAUUAGAAUUUCCAGAAAGUCCUAUAGAUACAUUAGGUACAUUUGGAGCAGUUUUGGAGUUCACAGUUCGUGAUUGUGAUCCAACAACUGGCCUUCCCGACACUGGUGAAGGUUAUGCCGAUACAUAUCCAUUGGAAGAUAUUGAAAUUAGUUGUGCCGAGCAACUUAGGACUACUGCUACAACUGAUGAUUGGGAGGCUUUAUGGGACAAGGCUUCGACUGCAGCCGAAGCCAGUGACACCUUUGGCUUGGCACAUACAGAUGUGGGUAAAGCUGCAAUUGCUGUUUGCGAAUAUUUAGGUCUUCCUAAAUCAGCCAUAGGGGGAGAUACUGUUAAAGAUAUUCGCGGAGCGGGCAUAUGGCGUGAUGGUAACCCUGUGUUGAUUAAGGCACGUUUGGUCGCUGCUCAAGGCACUGUUACUAUGCAACUUGUGUCUCGUUCUGCUCGUGAAGAUGUCGCAACGCUUCUUUUAACUGCCAUUGGUUAAUUAGCAUGCCAAUUAAAUUUUCGUCUAUUUUCAUAUUAUCUCCGUCGUGCCUUUAAAUUGUUAGUAUAAGAAAUUAGUAGAUUAGUAUAGAAAAAUAAAAGAAAUGCCGACAAUAAAGCGAUUUACUGCCGAGUAAUAUUCGAGGAACGAGGCAUAAUUAAAUAUCAAAGAAAAUGGAUGAAAUAAUUUAUAGGCAUUUGUUAUGCAUUACGAGUACAUAUUGUUAUUGUUAUGAAUUAAUUUUGUACCUCCCAUUAGAUAUAAAAAUAUCACUCAAUGACAACAGAAUAAUAAGCAUGCGGGAAUAUAAAGUGAAAAUAAUGUGUAGGUACUGAUUAUAUGUACAGUAUAUAUACAGUCUAAUAAGACAAAUAUUACAGUAUAUAAAUUCAGUGUUGUACAAAAUUCAUAUAGGUAUCUGUAUUAUACAGUUAUUUUAAAUAAGUAAGUACCUAUAGAGAAAAGAAAUAUCUACCUGUUUAUCUUAAGAGUAUAUAAAAUCUGUAACUAUUUAUAAAACUUUAUGUAUACACACAUAUUUAUAUCAAAUAAAGUUUUUAGUAUUACUAAA